AUGGCCUCCACUUCCAGACUAUUACUUCUUCGCAGAGGAGAUCACGACUCGCGACUCACUGAAGGCAAGGGUUUCGAGUCGCUUCUGGACAAGGAGUCGAUGACAGACGUGUCCAUCACUUGCGGCCAGAAUAUAGUGAAGGCUCACCGGACAGUCCUAUCGAUAUUCAGCCCAUUCUUUAAGCGGGUCUUCGACUCCAUCCAGAAUCCACUGCACUAUCCGUUCAUCGUCUUGAAGGACAUGCCGUACGCCGACCUCCGGGCCAUCAUUGACCUCAUGUACAGGGGAGAGGUGACUGUCACGCAGGACCGGUUCCCGUCGCUCAAGAUGUCGGCCAAAACGCUGGAAGUGAAGGAGUUGUCGGAUAUUAUCACGUCUUACGAGGAGAAGAAUGACAUCAAACCGAUAGCUGCCGGCGGUGGCGAUGAUAAUGGCAGCGCCGGUCGGUAUACACGCAAAAGGGGUCGACCCCGAAGGUACGGCGACUUCGAUAACAGCGACGUCGACGACACGAAACCCGUGUUCACCACAACGGGUCCGCCGACGAAGAGACAGCAGGUGUUGUUGUCGAAGAGUGCGGUGCAG